AUAUUAACACUCCGAAAACGACCCAUGUUAUGUAGCUAGCACUUGUGUUGUGUCUUUUCUCAUUCCUCAUCCUCAACCUUACGCAGCAGCCAUUCUUGUAGAAUUCAUUUUCUCGAAAUUGGUUAAUUAAGUUAAUUAACACUAAACACUAAACAUGGGUCUUUGCUUUGCUUCCCUCGCUACCCACCAAACACCCUCCAAUAAUUCCCCUCACUAUUCAGGUUCAGCGCGUGAGAUGGGAAUUACUGAAAGCACUAGUGUUAAUGGAGGAAGCAGUAGCAUUAAUAGCAAUAACAUGGUGUUUCCGAGUGUGGAAACGCGGAACUUGAAGCAGUUCAAUUUCGCGGAUCUGAAAGCAGCAACCAAGAGUUUCAAGUCGGAUGCAUUGCUUGGUGAAGGAGGUUUUGGCAAAGUUUACAAAGGAUGGUUGCAUGAGAAGACACUGACACCCACCAAAGCUGGAUCUGGAAUGGUGGUUGCUGUUAAGAAGUUGAACUCAGAAAGUUUGCAGGGCUUUCGUGAGUGGCAGUCAGAAAUCAAUUUCUUAGGAAGGAUUUCUCACCCAAACCUGGUCAAGCUAUUGGGUUACUGUUGUGACGAUAUCGAAUUUCUCCUUGUGUACGAGUUCAUGCCAAAGGGAAGCUUGGAGAAUCAUCUCUUUAGAAGAAAUACUAACAGUGAACCACUCUCUUGGGACACCCGAAUCAAAAUAGCUAUUGGUGCUGCACGGGGCUUGGCUUUCUUACACACCUCAGAAAAGCAAAUCAUAUACAGAGAUUUCAAAGCCUCCAAUAUACUACUUGAUGAGGAUUAUAAUGCAAAAAUUUCAGAUUUUGGCUUGGCAAAAUUAGGCCCUUCUGGGGAAGAUUCACACGUGAGUACCAGGAUCAUGGGAACAUAUGGCUAUGCUGCUCCAGAAUACAUUGCAACAGGUCACCUUUAUGUAAAGAGUGAUGUUUAUGGUUUUGGUGUAGUGCUGCUUGAAAUGCUGACAGGGUUAAGGGCACUUGACAAAAACCGCCCCAUAGAGCAGCAGAAUCUGAUUGAAUGGGCUAAGCCUUCUCUCUCUGAUAAAAGAAAGUUGAAAAGCAUCAUGGAUGAGAGGAUAGAGGGUCAGUAUUCAACCAAGGCAGCAUUAAAAUCAGCACAUCUUAUUCUAAAAUGCCUUCAAUGUGACCGUAAGAAACGUCCUCACAUGAAAGAUGUUCUUGACACAUUGGAACACAUCGAAGCUAUCAAGGACAGAACGAAGUAAUCCAAGAAACAUUGUACUAAGUUUGCAACUAUGUGCAAUUUCCAAUAGCCAAUUUAUCAUCCUUAUGUGUUGAAUAUGACAAGGAGCUCCAACAUGUGUAGGCUGUAGCUAGCAUACUAGUCACAGUUCAAGUUCAGUGUAACUACUAACUAACUUGGCUUACAGUUAUUAUAGGUAGUUAGACCUGUUACUGCAUGAGUGUGUUUGUGGCUGUAUUUGAGUAGUCGUACCUCUCUCAUUCUAGCUUUGUUCCCUUGUCAAUAAAAAUGUGUAGCUCCUACUUGUAUCAUCAUCUUUUCAUUUAAUUCAAUAAAAUGAGUUACUUGAAUUCCUC